AUGUACAUUCAUAAAGUAGCUCCUUGUAUGCCUCCUCUCAAACGAAAGCAAUUAUUAGGAUGUCAAAAUAGAAAAAGAACAAGUGCAGCCGCGGUGGUAGAUAAUGUGAAUGUUGCAAUUACAGAUACAGUGGAAAAUGUUAACCAUACAGUUGCCGAAAAUGUGGAUACCGUGGGCCUGGCAGAUGGGGGAGAUGUACACGAAGCAAAUGAGAAUCGUAAUAAUGUGAAUAUUAAUGAAGAGGUAAAUGACAUGGAAGAACCCAAUCAAGAUAUUUUUGAUCCAAAGAAUUGGGGUAAAAUUGAUCAAAAAAUGAUUGAUUUCUUAAUUGAGAACGGUCCAAGAAGGAUUGAAGAUUACGUCUUUCCUUAUGAUAAAUUUCGUAAACGUUUUUCUAGAAAGCAUUAUACCCGUAAGAUGACAAACGGGGAAAGGCAAGACAUGAGAUGGCUUGUAUAUUCAACUUCUUUAAAAAAAGUAUUUUGCUUCUGCUGCAAGUUGUUCAAAAGAGAUGAUUCAACAAAAUUUGUUGACAUUGGAUUUGAUGAUUGGAAUAAUCUUAGUGGAAGACUUAAGAAACAUGAAACUUCUUCUGAACAUGAAGAAAGUGGAUUCAUCUAG